UGCUUGCACAUUUCUCUCCCACAUCAUCCAGCGUAGCAUAUACAGUACAGUACAUACAGCGACCAGCAGCUUGCGGUGGAUCCACUCGUUUCUUAUUUUUCCCCCGCUUGCUCCGAUCCCCCUUCCACGAAAGGGAGACAGUGCCUAUAUUAUUAGAGCGUACCCUCCCGUUCUUCUCUUUCCCUCUCCUCACCCACAUCCUUUGCUCUAUUUCCUCCUCCUCCUCCUCCUCCAACUCAUACCCAGUCGACCAUGGCCGAGUACCGAGACGCACCCACGUACGACAUCCCCAAGAGGCUGCAGGGCAACCCCAAGCCUCACAUUGACGCGGACACGUACAAGAAGACGUACGAGGCCUCGAUCAAGAACCCAGACGAGUUCUGGGCAAAGAUUGCAAAUGAGACAAUCUCGUGGGACGUUCCCUUCCGCACCACACGCGCCGGUGGCUUCCAGAAUGGCGACGUCGCCUGGUUCCCCGAGGGCCAGCUGAAUGCCGCGUACAACUGCGUCGAUCGCUGGGCGUUCAAGAACCCCGACAAGGCUGCCAUCAUCUACGAGGCCGAUGAGCCCAACCAGGGCAAGACGCUGAGCUACAGCCAGCUGCUGCAGCAGGUGUGCCAGCUGGCCAAUGCGCUCAAGAAGCGAGGCGUCAAGAAGGGCGACACCGUUAUCAUCUACCUGCCCAUGAUUCCUGAGGCUGCCGUUGCCCUCCUUGCCUGCGCCCGUAUUGGUGCCGUCCACUCGGUCGUCUUUGCCGGCUUCAGCGCAGACUCGCUCCGUGACCGGACUGUGGACUGCGAGGCCCGCGUCGUCAUCACGACCGACGAGGGCAAGCGAGGCGGCAGGACGAUUGCCACAAAGUCCAUCGUCGAUGCCGCACUCAAGGACUGCCCCAAGGUCGAGCACUGCCUCGUUGUCCAGCGCACGGGCAACGAGCAAGUGAGCAUGACAAAGGGCCGCGACGAGUGGUACCACGAGAUCACGGCAAAGGAGAGCCCCUACUGCCCACCUACGCCCGUGGCCUCCGAGGACCCUCUCUUUAUUCUCUACACGUCUGGAUCCACUGGCAAGCCCAAGGGUGUCGUCCACACCACUGCUGGCUACCUCCUGGGCACUGGCCUGACUGUCAAGCACGUCUUUGACGUUCACGAGAAUGACCGCUUUGCCUGCAUGGCCGACAUUGGCUGGAUCACGGGUCACUCUUACAUUGUGUACGGCCCGCUGAUGAACGGCGUCACGUCGCUCAUCUUUGAGAGCACGCCCGUGUACCCGACGGCGUCGCGCUACUGGGAGGUGGUGCAGCAGCACAAGAUCACCCAGUUCUACACAGCCCCUACUUCGAUUCGUCUCCUCCGCAGGCUCGGCGAUGACUUUGUCAAAGACCACGACCUCUCGUCCCUGCGUGUUAUUGGUACCGUGGGCGAGCCUAUCAACCCCGAGGCUUGGAACUGGUACAAUGAGAACGUAGGCAAGAAGGAGUGCGCCAUCGUCGACACCUACUGGCAGACCGAGACGGGCUCCCACCUCAUCACGCCCCUUCCUGGCGCAACAAAGACGAAGCCCGGAUCGGCCACCGUGCCCUUCUGGGGUAUCGAGCCAGUCCUGCUUGACCCGACGACGGGCCAGGAGCUCACCGGAAACGAAGUCGAGGGUGUGCUUGCGGUUCGACAGCCGUGGCCGUCGAUGGCACGGACCAUCUUCAAUGACCACCAGCGAUUCCUGGAGACGUACCUCCACCCUUACAAGGGCUUCUACUUUACUGGCGAUGGUGCUGCCCGAGACAAGGACGGCUACAUCUGGAUCAAGGGACGCGUCGACGAUGUUCUCAAUGUCUCUGGUCACCGUCUCAGCACGGCCGAGAUUGAGAGUGCGCUGAUCUCGCACCCGGGCGUUGCAGAGGCUGCCGUCGUGGCUAUGCCCGACGAGACGACGGGCCAGGCCAUUUGCGCCUACGUCACAAUGAAGGCCGACUACGAGGGUGGCGACGACCACGAGUCGCUCAAGAAGGAGCUCGUCGUCACUGUCCGCAAGUCCAUCGGCCCCUUCUCGACGCCAAAGAUUAUCAACAUUGUCCCCGACUUGCCCAAGACGAGGUCGGGCAAGAUCAUGAGGCGGAUUCUGCGAAAGAUUGCGAGCAACGAGGGCGACCAGCUCGGCGACAUUUCGUCCCUCGCCGACCCAUCGAUUGUGGAAAAGAUCAAGGACCAGCACGAGAAGAGCAAGCCAAAGUAAAUGAUGACAUGGGUUCUUUUUGCGCUCCCCCACCUCCCCAAAACUUAAUCUUUUUCGCGGUCUGUUGGCAUUGGGUCGGAUCCGCACCAGUAUUGUAUCCUCCGUCCCUUUCGCCCUUACUCUUGCUCUUUGCUUGUCUCGUUCGUGGCUUUUCGGUGAAAUAAAUAAAGCAAAUGGAAUGGA